UAUAAAACGGUUGUCAAUACGAUUGUUAUUCAUUACCAGUCUUUUUCCGUUUGUUCACUUUCUCGAUCAGUUUGUGAUAAUGCAGCUCUUGGGUCUGUCCAUCUUUGUGUUUAUAGCAUCUGCAAGCACAGUUGCAGGCGAUAUCAUUCUUUCGGAAAGAGUGCCAGUACAUGGACCAGUCACUGAGAGUAGAGUUGAUGUAGAUAGCAGGAUUGUGCAAGGACAGACUGCAGAUAUAGCUCAUUAUCCUCACCAGGUGUCAUUUAUCGUUAAUAAUUCCUAUUUCUGUGGAGGUUUUAUUGUUAGUGAGAACUACAUACUAACAGCUGCGCAUUGUGCACAAGAUGUUGAUCCGAAAACCGUACUCCUACGAGCUGGAAGUUCUAAUAGAAAGAACGGUACCAUUAUUGAAAUUGCAGAAGUAACACCAUUCCCAGACUACGAUGACCCAGCUUUUGACAAAGACGUUGCUGUGAUGAAGACAGCCAAACCCAUCGUGUUUAAUGAGUAUAUUCAGCCGAUAGCUCUGCCUCCAGCAGGUAGACCAAUGAAGGCUAACAGCAUUUUCAAAGUGAGCGGCUGGGGAAGGACUAAGCAAGGAGCUUCUUCAAUUCCAGAGACACUUAUGCAAGUAGAACUACCUGUAGUGAGCCGUUAUGCCUGUUUCUUGACAUACCCGACUGUACUGACAAGCAACAUGUUUUGUGGCGGCAACUUCUUCUUGGGAGGGGAAGGAACAUGCCAGGGUGACUCCGGCGGCGCGGCGACACAGGACAACAUGGCGGUUGGCAUCGUGUCGUUCGGACGCGGCUGUGGACAGGCGCUGUCUCCUUCUGUCUUCGCUGAUAUCGCGUCGCCACUGCUGCGAGACUUUAUUACCGAAAAAACCGGACUAUAGAGAGUUGUUAUAUUUUUACGAAACGUUUUCAAACAUUCUACUAACAUGCACGAAAUAUUAAUAUUAUAAAAAGAUAUUGUAAAA